AUGGCCCUCCUGAACAACCUCGACUUCAUCAACUCUCUUACUUUCUGGCUUACUGCUUGGCUUGCUACAUUCUACUGUGUGAAGAUCUCAUUCUUCUCUCACCCCAUCUUCUUUGGGCUGAAGUGGAGGAUUUCUCGGUCAGUGCCCAGGCUGCUGCUGGGCUCCCUGAUCUUAUCUGCUCUGGUAGUCAUCCCAUUAGGCACUGGGAACACAAUUCGUAGAAGAAGAAACCUCUUCACCCUCCUCAGACACACCAAGAAGGUCUCCCUGUCCAUCUCAGGCUCUCAUGAUCCCAGCACCCAGGCACACAUCAAGGCUCUCCUGGCUCUCAUCUCCUUUGUCGUCCUCUUCGUUUCCUAUUUUCUGUCACUGGUGCUCAGUGCCCCAGAUCCUACCUUAGGUUAG